AAGGUAUUUUGACAUAGCACUUCCGGAGCGCUGUGUUCCGGCGGUGGCCCCGUCCCGGCCCGUCCGCGCCCCCGGAGGGUUGAGUGCUUACGAGAGGGGCAGCCAUGGAGAAAGGAGGCAAUUUUCAGCUGGAGAUUCCUGAGUACAGUAACUCAGUCCUGAGCCACCUCAACCAGCUGCGGAUGCAAGGGCGUCUCUGCGAUAUCGUGGUCAAUGUACAAGGCCAGUCUUUCCGAGCACACAAAGUGGUCCUGGCAGCCAGCUCGCCCUACUUCCGAGACCACAUGUCCUUAAACGAGAUGAGCGCGGUGUCGUUAUCCGUCAUCAAAAACCCCGGGGUGUUUGAACAGCUGCUUUCUUUUUGCUAUACAGGCCGCAUUUGCUUGCAGCUCGCUGACAUCAUAAGCUACCUGACGGCUGCAAGCUUUUUGCAGAUGCAGCACAUUAUUGACAAGUGCACGCAGAUCCUCGAAGGCAUCCAUUUAAAAAUUAGUUCACCCGAAUCUGAAGAAGAGCUGAGUCAGAGCAGGCCCAAACAUCAAGAAAGAGUCCAGGAUUCUCACCGUGUCAGCCAGAGUUUGACUCGUUCUUUAAGCCCCCGGCACAGCACUCCAAGACCCUCAGGUAAUCGGAGGGGUCAGGUAAGCACUGUACUGGACAUUAGAGAUUUGAGUCCAGCAGAGGAGUCCACAAGUCCUCAGAUGGUGGAGCAGGGUUCAGACGUGGAGGGCAGAGAGCCCAUUCUUCGAAUCAACCGGGCUGGACAGUGGUACGUGGAGACGGGGUCAGCAGACCGAGGGGAACGGAGUGAUGAUGAUGUCCGGGUGAUGGGGGCCCUUCGUAUCAAGACGGAGAACCUGGAUGAGUGGCUGGGUCCAGAGAACCAACCUUCCGGAGAAGACGGAAGCAGCGCUGAAGAGGUGACCGCUAUGGUGAUUGAUACAACAGGGCACAGUGCUGCCACACAAGAAAGCUACAAUUUGGGGUCAUCGAACACCAAAGUGUCCAGGCCCACAAGCAGUGAGGUGGACAGAUUCAGCCCCUCUGGUAGCGUGGGCACCAUGCCAGAAAGACACAGAGCAAAGAGUGAGUCUCCCCGGAGGUUGGAGGAACCAAAGCAACAUGGCAACCAGGGAGAUGAAGGGGGGGUGAUUGGAGUCAGCAGUUACGUAGAAUACCUUCGUGAGCAGGAGGUGUCUGAGCGAUGGUUUCGCUACAACCCACGAUUGACCUGUAUCUACUGCGCCAAGUCUUUCAACCAGAAGGGCAGCCUGGACCGCCACAUGCGGCUUCACAUGGGCAUCACUCCUUUUGUGUGUCGAAUGUGUGGUAAGAAGUACACCCGCAAGGAUCAGCUGGAGUAUCAUAUACGGAAGCAUACAGGCAACAAACCCUUCCAUUGCCACGUCUGUGGGAAAAGCUUCCCCUUCCAGGCCAUCCUUAAUCAGCACUUUCGGAAGAACCACCCCGGCUGUAUUCCUCUUGAGGGUCCUCACAGCAUUUCCCCUGAGACCACCACAGUUGUCACUUCUAGAGGUCCAGCCGGGGAAGAGUCUCCACCUCACGAGGAAGCUGGUGGCGUGACACCUUCAGCAACAGCUGAGGUGGCAUAUGGCGGGGAGACGGCUCAUGGCUCUGUGUCCACUACCGGACCAGACUAAGAGAGGGGGAAAAAUAAAUGAUAUCUAUGUACAGGAGGACACAAGUAGACUAAUCUCCUCCCUUUUACCUCAGCAAAACUUCACAACAUUUUUAUCCUAUCCCUCCUGUCCCUCUCUCUUUCCCAGUUCUCAAGAGAUUGUCUCCUGGGGUAUCCGCAGAAUGCCGAAUUUUGGGGAAGUUUGCAGAUUUCAUUGCCAAAUUCAGAGAAAUUGUAUCCACUUCCUUUGCGCUCCUUUCCUUUUAGACCUCAUAGAUCAUCGGUUACAUGAACAGAUAAGAAAAUGAGCUACUGUUCUGUUUUUUUAAGGGAAUGUGCCCUUUCCUUUUUACAAGUACAGUUAGUGACUAUCGGAGAUCAUGGUGGACACGUUGCAACAAAUGCAUCUCUCUCCAGGAGCAUUUCGGGGUGGUGUGGCACAGAUCGGUGAAGCUUUUUUUAUUUUUUAUUUCCUGAAUCAUGUUUGGCAGACGGUUUGGCCCCCUGGCGGCCUUCGAAGAAGUUUGAUGGUGCUGUCUUAGGAAUCUUAGUAAGGUGCUUAAAAGAUACUUCUGUAGCAGAGUCAAAGACUCUCCUGUGCAUGUAAGAGGCGUGUGAAAUGUUAAGUAACGCUGAGAAAUGUGAGUUUAGGAGGUGGCGAUGCAAUAAGUAACCUUUUAGAUAUCGGAGCUGUCUCUAAAGUUUUUAAAACCACAGGGCUGGAUUUAUGUUUUAGGUAACCCCCAUCCAAUAGCCAUAACUAAAGGGCUGAGGCUUUGCCAAUCCUUCCACCCAGCACAAUAUACCCUUAGCUUGGAAAGGAUGCCAUAGAGGCACACCUAAUGUAGCCAAAACAAGCAUCCGUGCCAAUCAUGUCUGCCUCUAUGGAAACCAAAUGGUCCUUUCUAACCAGUACAUUGGGAAAAGUUCCUCUGCAGAUGGGAAUUAUUGGAAACUGUUUCCACUUUCAUUGCUGAAUCUCCUUUUAACACCUUGUCACUUUUGGUCCAGCAAAUGCUGAUUUAUUUCUUAAUGUCUCUUUAGGCAGAGCUUUUAUUUUUAUUUUUUUUAAUAUAGAAAUGAUAUGAUCAAAUUCCAACUGCUUGCAGCCACCACUAGGGGGAGCUGAAGCACGUACUGGUUUAGUGUGGACCUCUACUGGCGGCUGCAGGCAUCCAAAAUUGAAGGGAAUGCAGGGAAUUUGGAGCUUUGCAUCAGAAAAACAGAGCUCCUUACCAUUCUUACCACCUACCAAGAUAUGUUUCGAAUUUAACGGGUGGAUUUUUUGCUAACAGGGUAAUUAAUACCUUUUUAUAAUAUUGUGUUCCUCAGCUAAUCAAAAUCCCACUGAUAACGGGGGGCAUUUUGCCUCGUCAUUAGAUAUUUCCUUGCUGGUAAGACCAGAAAUAACUAGGAUGAGACUAGGUCUUGUGUGUCUUAUGAUAAAUCCAGCCCUGACUCUGGGUUUUAAAUUUUUUUUUAUGUGAUGCCUUUUUUUUUUUUUUCCUGGCAUCUAUUGCCUUACAAGCUGCCUGCUUCCUAAGAGAGCUUUGCCUAUUAAAAACUAGGGUGCACUAAGCUAUUUUUUUGGCAUACAAUGAAGGCUUUCCCACGUACAAAACCCGACAGAACCCGUUUUUUUGUCAGAAGGGUCCCAUUUUGGAUGCUUAUUUAUAAAUGACUCCUUUCUUGCAACCAUUGUUUUUGAACAGACGAGUGAAUAUGCUUUAACACAGCCGUUUUUUCUUUUCACUAUACAU